UGUGACAAGAUUCCAGAGACUGGAUCGAAGAGGGAUUCACGGUACAGGUACUAAGAGGUAGUCAUACUCUUCGCAAUCUACGUCUUCAACACCCUACCGACCCUAUGUUAAUUUCUAUUUAAACCUUCUUACCUCCUUCUAGACAUCCUGGUUCGUGGUAUAUCGUAUUGGCCAUAACCCUUCACGACACCCGGUCUCGAGAAGCUCGUCGAUUUCCAUCAACCGUCCACCUCGCAAUCUGCAAGUGCAACUUUUCAAGAGCUAUCUCCUCGAGUUCCUCCGUUGAGUUACGAUUCUCUAACCUCGCCGUACUCCUGUCGGGCAUUGCGGUACCUGUCCGGCACGAUGGGGGACGGCUCUGUGGCAUGCGUCAUCGCGUCUUCCAUCGCCCUCCUAGGCCUCGAAGCAGGUGGAUACUCGUACUUUGCCGCGUUUGUCCGCAACGAGCUAACUCCAUACUUUGCGGAGCAUGGUAUGCAGGCACAGUCGAACGAUUCCCGUCUAGUGUUCACGUACCUCCUCAUCUCGGCCAUCUUUCUUUGGUGUUCGGUCUUGAGCAUGAUGCUGGACCUGUGCCGCGGGACUGGGCGCGACUCGUACGGCCGCGAGCGGUCCGGGCGCGCCUGCGGAUCCGGCUUGAAAGUUAUUAUAUACUGCGCCUUCAUGCUUGUUCUAAUCGUUCUGGCAUGCCUAACAGUGCAGCACACCUGCGAAUGGUGGCAAUACUUCGAGGCGAAUAACCUACAUCGUUUCGCAAGCGUCUGUCAUGGCUUAACGGGAAUGAUACUUGCGGUUCUCAUUCUUACCAUGAUGGCCCUUGUCACUACGACUUUGUUAUAUGCCUGCGAUUCUGAACGGCUACCCCGGUAAUAGGCAUAUGUCUGGAUAACGAUGGUCGGCGAUUCUUUGGAACUUGCUAGCUAUCUGCUAGGUAUCGAUUUAUCCGAGCUACAUAUCAUUCUCAUUAGGAGAGGUGUAGAACCUGGGAAGGUAAAGCGUUUGUCCGUGUUUCUAUUCCAUUAGAUGUUCGCUAUUCUAAUGAAUUGACUAUAUCUUAUGCGCUGCUUAUGACAAUCGGUAAAACCUAUAUCAAGCAAUUAUUAGAAGUGCUUGAAAUCUAUAACUACCUAGACUAGGUACCUAUACUGAACA